CAACCUCAUCAACGGGGUAGACCCAGCUUUUUGAUCCCACAGGAACAACUGGAAUAUCUCCGCUCACUUUCUUUUACCUGGGUUGAAAUUGCAGCCCUUUUCGGAGUGUCACGAAUGACUGUCUAUCGACGCCGCGUCGAAUAUGACAUGGUUGAAGACCCGAGAAUCGUACCUGAUGACUCUGAGCUGAGACGUCUUGUUGAACAGACACGCCAGGAGCUGCCUUAUUUGGGAGAGGUUAUGGUUAUGGGACGGUUGCGUGCAUUGGGCUACUAUGUGACACGAUCACGUCUUCGCCAGGUCAUAAAUGACACUGAUCCUAUCAAUCGAGCCCUUCGAUGGGGAAGCAAUCUGCAUGUUCGUCGUCCAUACUCAGUCCCUGGCCCUAAUUCCUUGUGGCACAUAGAUGGACAUCACAAGUGUGUUCGUUGGCGGUUUGUCACACAUGCAGGAAUUGAUGGGUACAGUAGAAUGAUUGUGUUCAUGCGAUGCAGCACCAACAACCGUUCCUCGACAGUUCUAAACGCAUUUUUGGAAGGAAUUCAG